GUUCUUCGCCACCACCACCCCUGCACCGACAACCACCGGCAUCGUCUUGUCGAUCGUCUGCUGAGUACUUCAAAGUGUCCAUCGACAGCCAUUUGUGUGUGCACGUCUUCGAGAGCAGGUCGCUCAGCAGCCUGUGCUCCCGCAGCAACUGCGUUGGUCGUGUUGGACGUUGCCAGCCGUAUGCCAACUUUAUGGCACUUCGCUAAGUACAUUAAUAUUCCAUACCGCAGUAAACUGACAGAGAGAAUCGAGCCGGGUCAGACGCUUAUCAUUCGCGGCAGGACCAGCGAAGAGGCCAAAAGGUUCAAUAUCAAUCUUCAUAAGGAUAGUCCGGACUUCAGCGGCAACGACGUGCCAUUGCACGUGAGUGUACGAUUCGAUGAAGGAAAGUUGGUGUUCAACUCGUACACGAAAGGCGCAUGGGGCAAAGAGGAACGGCAGAAGAAUCCGGUAAAGAAGGGCGACUCGUUCGACAUUCGAAUCCGAGCGCACGACAACAAUUCACCGUCGCCAUCAAUCAGAGAAGUCAAGUCAUUCGAGCAUCGCAUUCCACUGCAACAUGUCACUCAUCUCAGCAUCGACGGCGACGUAGUGUUGAACCACGUGCAGUGGGGUGGCAAGUACUAUCCGGUUCCUUAUGAGUCAGGCAUUGCCGAGAAUGGCUUCAUCCCCGGCAAAACAUUGGUUAUCUAUGGAACGCCCGAAAAGAAAGGAAAGAAGUUCAACGUGAACCUUCUGAAGAAGAACGGUGACAUCGCACUGCACUUCAACCCCCGUUUCGACGAGAAGGCAAAGGGUUUCAUCUGCGGCAAAAUCAAACCGGGCUGCGUGAUUAGAAACUCGUUCAUCAACGGUGAAUGGGGCAACGAGGAACGCGAAGGCAAGAAUCCUUUCGAGAAAGGUGUCGGCUUUGAUUUGGAGAUCAAGAACGAAGAAUUUGCCUAUCAGAUCUUCGUGAACGGCGAGCGAUUUGCCUCCUACGCUCAUCGCAUUGACCCUCAUGAGGUCGGAGGUCUCCAGAUUCAGGGCGACGUUGAGCUUAGCGGAAUCCAGAUUGUCGGCAACUGA